UUGUAAUUUGAAGAAUGCUGUUGAAACAGAAGGUAUUGACCCUCACUCUGGGAUUGCUGUACCAGGUCAUGCUGUGCAUUAGUGACCAUGACAGUGGAGACUUUCCUUCAGCGACUAAUGGUCAGAAGUUUCCAUGGAAUAAGAUGAGGUUACCUGGUAGGAUCAAGCCAGUCAGUUAUGACCUUCUGAUACAUCCAAAUUUGACAACUCUAAACUUCACCGGAUUAGCUAGGAUUUGGGUAUCUGUCCUCCAAGAAACAAGUUCCAUCAUCCUCCAUAGCAAACACCUGGAAAUCAAUAAGGCAACUAUUGCAUUAACAAAUGAUGAGAGCACCCACCCAGAAAGCAACUUAUACAUUUUGGAAUAUCCACCAUAUGAGCAAAUUGCAUUAGAGAAUGCCGUGCCUCUGGCUAGUGGAGAGACAUAUAUUAUUAAUAUUUACUAUACAGGCAAUUUAUCUGAUGGUUUCUAUGGAUUUUACAAAAGUAGCUAUCAAACAUUAGAUGGUAAAACAAGAGUUCUUGCAUCUACUCAUUUUGAACCCACAUCAGCACGGAUGGCUUUCCCAUGUUUUGAUGAACCAUCUUUUAAAGCCAACUUCUCAAUUAAGCUAAGAAGAGAAAAGCAGCACAUUUCACUAUCCAACAUGCCCAUGAUUAAAUCCUUCCCAGUAGGAGAAGUUUUUGAAGACCAUUUUGAUGUGAGUGUAAGGAUGAGCACAUAUUUAGUGGCCUUUAUUAUCUGUGACUUUACAUCCGUCAGUGCAGUAACAUCAACAGGAAUCAAGGUGUCGAUAUAUGCUGCGCCAGAUAAGUGGAGUCAGACACAUUAUGCACUGGAGGCUGCCGUGAAACUCUUGGAGUUUUAUGAACAUUACUUCAAUAUCUACUACCCACUUCCAAAGCAGGAUUUAGUUGCAAUUCCAGACUUUCAGUCAGGAGCCAUGGAGAACUGGGGUUUAACGACUUACAGGGAAACAUCUCUACUGUAUCACCCUGAAACGUCCUCUGCAUCAGAUAAACUGUGGAUUACCAUGGUGAUAGGUCAUGAACUGGCUCACCAGUGGUUUGGUAACUUGGUAACCAUGGAGUGGUGGAAUGACAUCUGGCUGAAUGAAGGAUUUGCCAGGUACAUGGAGUUUGUCUCUGUCGAUUCCACUUAUCCAGAGCUACAAGUUGAUGAUUAUUUUUUGAACACAUGUUUUGGAGCAAUGGGAAGAGAUUCAAUGAAUUCAUCACGCCCCAUAUCCACACCUGCAGAAAAUCCAACUCAGAUAAAGGAAAUGUUUGAUACUGUCUCUUAUGAUAAGGGAGCUUGUAUUUUGCACAUGUUGAGAAAUUUUCUAACAGAGGAGGUAUUUCAAAGAGGUUUAGUUCAUUAUCUACGAAAAUACAGCUACAGAAAUGCCAAAAAUGAAGACUUGUGGAACAGUAUGGCCAAUACUUGCACUGAGGAAGACUUUACCUCAGGUGGAUUCUGCUACAGUGCCUCACAAGCUGCUAAAAAUGCUUACCUUUAUGCAGGGGAACAUUUAGAUAUCAAGGAAAUUAUGAACACAUGGACACUUCAGCAAGGAAUACCGGUGAUAAUUGUUGAUCAUAAUGGGAGUAAAGUCAAGCUAGAACAAGAGCGCUUUCUUAAGGGGGUGCUCCCAGAAGACUCCACCUGGGACUCACUGCAAUCUGGCUACCUGUGGCAGGUCCCACUAACCUAUAUCACAAGCAGUUCGAAAGCCAUUGGUAAACACUUACUGAAAACAAAAACAGAUCAUAUUGAACUAGAUGGAGAGGCUCAAUGGGUUAAAUUUAAUGUGGACAUGAAUGGAUAUUACAUUGUACAUUAUAAGCGUGCUGGAUGGGAUUCUUUGAUUAAUCUGCUGUGGCAGAACCACACAUUACUGAGCCAGAAGGAUCGAGCAAACCUGAUUCAUAAUGCUUUCCAACUUGUCAGUGCAGGAAAGUUGUCACUUGAUCGAGCACUUGACUUGACCCGUUACCUCAGGCAUGAGAACAAGAUCAUUCCAGUGUUGCAGGGUCUGGAUUACCUUGAGGUGUAUUACAGAAUGGUUCUGAGAAGAAAUAUCUCUGAUGUUGCAGCAAAUCUGAAGGGAUAUAUCCUGCAAUUUUUCAAACACCUGAUCGAUAAGCAGUCAUGGAGUGAUGAUGGCACGGUGUCAGAGCGAUUACUGCGGUCCAAUCUCCUGGAACUCGUCUGUGAACUCGAAUAUCCUCCUUGUAUUCAGAAAGCAUCCGACUAUUUUAAUCAGUGGAGGAAAUCCAAUGGAACCAUGAACUUACCAACUGAUGUCCUGGAGGUUGUGUACUCUGUGGGUGCCCAGAGCAGUGAUGGAUGGGAAUACCUUCUGAAGAAAUACACCCAGUCAGUGUCUGGUGCUGAAAAGAAUAAGAUUGUGUCUGCAUUGACAAGUAGCAGAGAUCCAGAAAAACUGGAACGCCUGUUGGAACUUGGCAUGCAAGGAGAUAUCAUCAAGUUGCAGAAUCUUGCCCAUAUUGUUUUAGGAGUGAGCAGGAACCCAUCUGGACAAUUCCUUGCCUGGAAUUUUGUGAAGAAGAACUGGAACAAGUUAAUAGAGAAAUUUCAGCUUGGUUCAUUUAUUGUCCGAUGGCUUAUAUUAGGAACAACAUCUCGCUUUUCAUCAAAAGAAGAAUUGAAAGAGGUGGAACUGUUUUUUGAUUCUAUAAAGGAACAUAGCUCCCAGCUAAGAUGCACUCAGCUUGCCCUGGAAAGCAUUCAGAAAAACAUUAGGUGGCUGGAGAGGAAUCUGGACGUCCUCAGAAGUUGGUUACUGAAUAUAACUGCAAAUCCAUAAUGGAUUGUCAAAUUAUGGAUUUGUUUACAAUUCAAUUCUCUCCUCUCACUUCAGUGAUUCCUGAAUAGGAGAUUUAUCUCUUGUCACUGAUUAUUGCCAUUGCUAAAUCAAUUGUUACCAAUUUGUAAAGAGUGAAACAAAUGUAUUGACGUGUAACAUAUUAUUACUGCAUAGCCCUCACAGUAAUAACAAGUUAUUCUAUAAUUGUGGGAUAAUAUUAAAACCAAAUCAUGGCUUUUGCUUACCUCUCUCCAGUGUGUGUAUAUAUGAAUACCUGUCAGUGUUACAGGAGGUGUAUGUUUGUGACACAUAAAUUAACUAUCUGUCCAAAGUAAAAGGAAUAUUUUGUUAUUUAUUCGUGGCUUUGGAAGACCUUUUAUAUGAAUAUUUUGUAUUAUGAAAAAUUAGAUUAUAUUCAUCAAUUGAGCCAAUGUUUAAAAUAAAUUUAGUUUACAGUGCUUAAAUUAUAUUCAAAACUAAAUUAUGUUCUCUUGAACAGAAACUGGUCAUUGCACACUUAGACUUUGGGCCUCUAAAAGUAACAUUUUGACUGAUACUUCUGCAUUGCUUUAAAUCAGGUCCAUGAGCGCUUUCUUCAGCCAACUCUCUCAUAUAAUUCAGUUCCUCUACUUCAUCUCACUGCUUAGUUGAUUUGAAUAAAAUUGAUAAAAGGUUUGGGAUUAGCAGGCAUUGCUUAUCAGAAUCUAAUCAAAUGCUUUUUAAAUGUGAUUUCUAUUUGUUUACAAAAUAUUCCCAUGUUAAGGAAAGUGAAAAAUACAGCAUAUACACUGACAUCAAUGUUAUAUGGUUGAUUGCUUGUUAAUAGAAUAAACAGCUUGAUUCUUA